CAACGUAACAUGUACAACUGUAAGAAAAAGAAACGAAGAACAAAAUAUUGAAAGAAUAUCAUUAAUUACAUGGAAAGUAUAACCUCCAAGGCUCUCAAAUAAAGUGGAGAUUAGUUAGGUUUUUUUUUUUUGGACUUGUGAAUAGUCACUGACAGACUGAUCUCUGACACGUAGUGAAGAGCAUCUUGACGACUUCACAAGCCCAUUGAAGGCUAGAAAACAAAGCAUCAAAUGAGACUGAGAAAUUUGGAGAUUAAAAAGUCGGAGAAACAGAAUUUUCAUUGCUACUGAGAAUGAAACAAUGAGGCAAUUUCAGUUGAAUUAUGAGUCCUCACAGUUGUAAACUUGAUGUAGACAGUCAAGACGCAGCCAUGGCAGCUAAUGGCUAUCCCGCUUCUGCAUCACAAUUCAACGAGUCUCACUCACCACCCUGUGAGUCGGUGAACUCCAUGCCUUGGUUUGGAAUGGAUAUUGGUGGGACUCUAUGCAAAUUGGUUUACUUCGAGCCAAAAGAUAUUACCAGAGAUGAAGCUGAUGCUGAACUUGAAACUCUUAAAAAUAUAAGGAGAUAUUUAACGAAAAAUUCAGCAUAUGGUAAAACAGGUCAUCGAGAUACACAUCUUCAGAUGGAUAACAUUGAAAUUCGAGGUAGACGAGGGACGCUUCACUUUAUCAGAUUCCCAACAAGCGAAAUGGGCAAUUUUUUAGCGCUUGCUAAAUCAAAAGGAAUGGCCAAUCUUGUGACAACAGUCUGUGCCACAGGUGGUGGGGCCUUUAAAUUUGAAGAAAAUUUCAAAAAAGAAGUCAAUAUGAGCCUUGCCAAAUUUGAUGAAUUGGACAGUUUAAUACGUGGCAUGCUCUACAUUGAAACGACAAAUCCUCGUGAAUGUUACUACUGGAAGCAUCCCACAGAGGAUGAUCUUUGUCAUAAAAUUCCAUUCGAUUUUUCCCAGCCUUACCCAUUCUUGCUCGUCAAUAUAGGCUCUGGAGUUGGUAUUUUAAUAGUCUACGGUCCAAAUAAUUAUAAAAGAAUAUCGGGAACGAGUUUAGGAGGUGGAACCUUUCUUGGACUGUGCUGCCUCCUAACUGGCUGCAAUAGUUUUGAAGAGGCUAUUCAGCUUGCAACAGGAGGUGAUAAUACACGGGUUGAUAAAUUAGUUAAAGAUAUUUACGGUGGUGAUUAUGGACGUUUUGGUCUUCCUGGGGACUUGGUAGCCAGCAGUCUUCUCCAUGUGUGCAGUUUCGGUCAAAUGAAUUCAAAGGACCGGAGAAAUGCCGUCACCAAAGAGGAUCUAGCACGAGCCACUCUUGUAACAAUAACGAAUAAUAUUGGAUCUAUUGCUCGCAUGUGUGCAGUGAAUGAAAAAGUCGAGAAAGUAGUGUUUGUUGGUAACUUUUUGAGAGUGAAUCCCAUAUCCAUGAAAUUACUAGCUUAUGCUAUGGAUUACUGGUCAAAUGGUACGAUGAAAGCACUAUUUUUAGAACACGAGGGAUAUUUUGGAGCUGUAGGAUGUCUUUUGCAAUUCAAUAAUGAAAGUAGUUAGAUUUAAUGGAAUAUCAUUUGGUAAUAAUUACGUUUAGCAUUCCAAUUUUUUUUUCCUUCGUUAAUUAAGCACCACAAGUUGAGGGUUUAAAGAGGCAGUUAUUUAUUUUCGAUCAACUAAUUUAAUGUGUUUUUAAAAAUAUUCCCACAAUUAUUUUUACGACAAAAAAAAAUAAACAUACUAGGAAAUAAAAUACUGAAGGUAAAUGAUUAUGAUCAUUGUGAUAUUUUUAAUUGAGGGCACAAAAUGUAAAGUGGUCAUCCUAUGGGAUUAAUAAAAUUGAAUAAAGUGAUA